UCCGUGACGCACGCCCCGCUGACGUGUCGCGCCACCCGGAAGUCAGGUGGGAUAUUCCGGCUACGUGGAAGAAGAAGCAGAACCAGAGCUGCACUCGUGUCCGGCCGGCGGCUCGCACACAAAAUGAUUAAGAAGUUCGACAAGAAGGACGAGGAGUCUGGAAGCGGCUCCAACCCGUUCCAGCACCUGGAGAAGAGCGCCGUCCUUCAGGAGGCUCGCAUUUUCAACGAGACCCCCAUCAACCCACGGCGAUGUCUCCACAUCCUCACCAAGAUCAUCUACCUGCUGAACCAGGGGGAACAUUUUGGGACCACGGAGGCCACCGAGGCCUUCUUCGCCAUGACGCGCCUCUUCCAGUCCAACGACCAAACCCUGAGAAGGAUGUGCUACCUGACCAUCAAAGAGAUGGCCAACAUCUCCGAGGACGUCAUCAUCGUCACCAGCAGCCUGACCAAGGACAUGACGGGGAAGGAGGACGUGUACCGCGGCCCCGCCAUCCGAGCGCUCUGCAGGAUCACUGACACCACCAUGCUGCAGGCCAUCGAGCGCUACAUGAAGCAGGCCAUCGUGGACAAGGUGCCCAGCGUGUCCAGCUCGGCGCUGGUCUCCUCUCUGCACAUGGUGAAGAUGAGCUACGACGUGGUGAAGCGCUGGGUGAACGAGGCUCAGGAGGCGGCGUCCAGCGACAACAUCAUGGUGCAGUACCACGCGCUGGGCCUCCUGUACCACCUGAGGAAGAGCGACCGCCUGGCCGUCACCAAGAUGCUCAACAAGUUCACCAAGUCCGGCCUCAAGUCGCCCUUCGCCUACUGCAUGCUGAUCCGCAUCGCCAGCCGGCUGCUGGAGGAGACGGAGGGCGGGCACGACAGCCCCCUGUUCGACUUCAUCGAGAGCUGCCUGAGGAACAAGAACGAGAUGGUGGUGUACGAGGCGGCGUCGGCCAUCGUGCACAUGCCCAACUGCACGGCGCGGGAGCUGGCGCCCGCCGUGUCCGUGCUGCAGCUCUUCUGCAGCUCUCCCAAGGCCGCGCUGCGCUACGCCGCCGUGCGCACCCUCAACAAGGUGGCCAUGAAGCACCCGUCGGCCGUGACGGCCUGCAACCUGGACCUGGAGAACCUGAUCACCGACUCCAACCGCAGCAUCGCCACGCUGGCCAUCACCACCCUGCUGAAGACGGGCAGCGAGAGCAGCGUGGACCGGCUCAUGAAGCAGAUCUCCUCCUUCGUCUCGGAGAUCUCCGACGAGUUCAAGGUGGUGGUGGUCCAGGCCAUCAGCGCCCUCUGCCAGAAGUACCCCAGGAAGCACAGCGUGAUGAUGAACUUCCUGUCCAACAUGCUGCGCGACGACGGCGGCUUCGAGUACAAGCGAGCCAUCGUGGACUGCAUCAUCAGCAUCAUCGAGGAGAACCCGGAGAGCAAGGAGACGGGCCUGGCUCACCUGUGCGAGUUCAUCGAGGACUGCGAGCACACGGUGCUGGCCACCAAGAUCCUGCACCUGCUGGGCAAGGAGGGGCCCCGCACCCCGGCGCCCUCCAAGUACAUCCGCUUCAUCUUCAACAGGGUGGUGCUGGAGAGCGAGGCGGUGCGAGCAGCUGCCGUCAGCGCUCUGGCCAAGUUCGGGGCCCAGAACGACGACCUGCUGCCCAGCGUCCUGGUCCUCAUGCAGAGGUGCAUGAUGGACAGCGACGACGAGGUCCGGGACCGAGCCACCUUCUACAUGAACGUCCUCCAGCAGAAGCAGAAGGCUCUCAACGCUGCCUACAUCUUCAACGGUCUGUCGGUGUCGGUGCCCGGCCUGGAGAAGUCUCUGCACCAGUACACGCUGGAGCCCUCGGAGAAGCCCUUCGACAUGAAGAGCGUGCCGCUGGCCACCGCUCCCAUCACGGAGCAGAAGACAGAAAUGGCUCCCGUGGCCAGCAGCAAGCUGCCGGAGAAGCUGGCGCCGUCCCGCCAGGACAUCUACCAGGAACAACUGGCCUCCAUCCCAGAGUUCCAGGCGCUGGGCGCCCUCUUCAAGUCGUCGGAGCCGGUGCAGCUGACGGAGGCGGAGACGGAGUACGUGGUGCGCUGCGUCAAGCACACCUUCGCCCGCCACAUGGUCUUCCAGUUCGACUGCACCAACACGCUCAACGACCAGCUGCUGCAGAAGGUGGUGGUGCAGAUGGAGCCGUCGGAAGCCUACGAGGUGAUCCAGCACGUGGCGGCCGCCAGCCUCCCCUACAGCCAGCCGGGCUCCUGCUACACGCUGGUGCGGCUGCCGGACGACGACCCUGCGGCAGUGUCCUGCACCUUCAGCUGCACCAUGAAGUACCUGGUGAGGGACUGCGACCCCAACACGGGCGAGCCGGACGACGACGGCUACGACGACGAGUACGUGCUCGAGGACCUGGAGGUGACCGUGGCCGACCACAUCCAGAAGGUGCUGAAGCCCAACUUUGGAGCCGCGUGGGAGGAAGUGGGCGAGGAGAACGAGAAGGAAGAGACCUUUGCCCUGGCGUCCGUCAGGACCUUGGACGAGGCCGUGGGGAACAUCGUCUCCUUCCUGGGAAUGCAGCCCUGCGAGCGCUCCGACAAAGUUCCCGAGAACAAGAACUCGCACGUGCUGCUCCUCGCCGGCGUGUUCCGCGGGGGCCACGACGCGCUGGUGCGAGCCCGUCUGGCGCUGGCGGACGGCGUCACCAUGCAGGUGACGGUGCGCAGCGGAGACGAGACGGUGGUGGACGUGAUCCUGGCCUCCGUGGGCUGAAGGCCUCGCCACCUUUUCACCCUGUCACCUGUAAUAAAGUCUGCU